AUGGAUCGCGUCUUUGAAAGGGAGCUGAGGGCGUUUUUAUGUUCUGUAACUUACCUCGAAAGACACUUUCCUCGGUUCGCAAGUGGAGUUGCCGCCGACUUGCUCAAGCAGAAGGCCGAGUUCGUUUGGAAUGAGGAACGGGAACAGGAAUUUCAGAGCAUCAAGAGGUCCGUGACUGGGCGUGUGUUGCUCGCAGCGCCGGCAGAUGUUGGAGAGUUCGUACUCACAUCCGACCUCAGUGAUGCAGCGACUGGUGCUAUGAUACGUUGGUAG